CGAAAUAGACCGUGAUAACGAAAUGACACAAGUUGGUGACCGUUACUUGGAAAAUUUGAAAUUCAAAUUCACAUCCGUACCCCACAUUGUGGCGAUUUCAUUUCCUGUCCUUAAUUGCUAUUCACCUCACCGAGAAUGAUCGCACCUAGAAAGACACUAUGGAGCACCCCACUUAGUGCCGUGGAUCAUUGCAUGGAAUGGGUGCCACUAAAACCCGAAGAUUCCGUGCUUGAUAUAGGGUGCGGCGAUGGUAGAAUUAUUCAUCGGUGGGCAAUGUUGCUGUCCGAGUCGCUGUUGGCCGCAGAAGACCACGAGACCGGAGCUACGAUAUCAUUUGUGGGUAUCGACAUCGAUCCUAAUCGAAUCGAAGACGCAAAAUUGAAGACGGAAUCAUUGAAAGCCGACGGGAAGAUUUCACCACGGAUACGAAUCACUUUCAUUUGUAAGAACGCCAUGGAAUCAACUGGUUACAUCCAAGACGCGACAGUUAUCUUCUUGUAUCUGAUCCCAAGAGGACUCAAGCAAAUAUACCCUUUGAUCAUGGAGGGACGCAGCAAACCGACGGAAAAAAGAAAUCUUCGUAUUAUUAGCUACAUGUCAAAAUUACCUGUAUUGAAACCCGAAGGGAGAGCUCUUUGCAAAGUCGAACACCAAAAGGAAGCUGCUUGGCCACUCUAUUUUUAUACAAUCAAAAAUGAUUAGCGGAAGAAGACAAGCCGCACCAUCUGCUGCCUG